AUGGGUGAACGAGCCCACCAUGGAGCCCCAAAGUGCUCUGGCACCAACCCCAGGAAGUGCCAGGACCUGGGAGACUCAAUUCUUCUGAUUCUGGGCAGCUUCAUCUUGCUCAACGUGGGGAUCAAUGUGGUGACUCUGCUCUGGAGGCACCUGAAGAGCUCCUUGCGGAUUCUUUUCCAUCAUUUUUUCCCCAAAGAGAAGCAGCCCAGCUGUACAGGCAGCCAUCCCAUGUGCAGGUGCUGCUCCAUGGAUCCCAAGAACCUAUGCUCGAAAGUCUCUUCCCACUUCCAUCAUCGCCCAAGCUUCCUGCUCAGGCACCCUAGCCACCUUGACUCCUGGAUACCAGAUAUGAAUGAUGAGAAGGCUUCUAGGUGCUGCUGGAUACCGCCUCAGUCUGGAUGUGCUAGCGCCCCCAUGGAGACUCCCUGGGGACUGUGGAAGGAGAGGAUGAUGGGAACUGGGGAGGCCCCUCAGGUUAUAGCCUCAAUGGCCCAAGGCACCUUUACCUCAAGGCAAGAGACAUCUUCCCAGUUCACCAAGAUGAGCAAGCUGGAUAUGGUUCCACUCUUCUUGCCCCAAGAGAAUAAGGCUAAGACCCCAGACUACGACCCAGCCCAAGCCCCAGCCCAGACCCGGACCCACUCCCCAGUCCGCCCCCCUGAGCACACCCCCACCCAGGCCCAGACCCACUCCCCAGCCUGUCCCCCUGAGCACACCCCCCUCAAGGCCCAGAUGCUCUCCCCAGCCUGCCCCCCUGAGCACACCCCACCCCAGGACCAGGUUCACUCGGUAGUCCACACCCCUGAGAACACUGCCACGCAGGGCCAUGACCCUGAGAAGACCUCAGCCCACACCAUGGCCCAAGCCCCUGCCCAGGUCCCCGUGCCUGUGUUCGCCCGCUCCCUGGACCACACCCUUGAGCACAUAAGAGUUCAUGCCCCAGCCAGAAACCUGGUCCAUGCUCAUCUAACCUAUACCCGUGCCCAUACAUUGGUCCCUCCCCCAGCCUCUGCCCCAGAUCCUCCUCUAACUUCUGCCCCUGCUGCUACUCCUGCCCCAGCCCCUACACCAGCCCCUGUCCCAAUAUCUACCUCAAUGCCUGUCCCAGUACUGGUCACGGCCCCAACCACCACACCAGUUCCUGCUCCUACACCUAACCCAACCCCUACCCACAGUCUAACUCCUAUUCUUUCUACCAUGACUGCCUUCAGCCAAGACCCACCUACUGACCGUGUGGUCUGUGAUACCCUCAGGGUAAAGCAGAACUUAUCCCAUGUGUGCCCUACCCAAGAUGCUGGGCAUUCCAGAAGGAAUUUGGGUACCGUCUCCAGGCCCCCAGAUGGUCAGGGCCUGGUAACCUUUGGUCCAGCAGAGCAAACAUCAAAGCAACUUAGUGAGGACACUGCCAAGUCCUCUACACGAUCCAUACUGGGUCCCCUGGAGUCGGGGAAUAUGGAAUGGAAGAUCUCAAAUGAUGCCAAAGAGAAGUUCUUACAGCCCAGGACCUUCCCUUACUGCGAUUUCCAUCCUUGCAGUUCUGAGAGGAGAAACACAGACUCCCAGCCUCCAGUCUACCCCCAAUUCCUGAUCUGUUCCAGAGAUGCUUCACCUUCUCAACCUUGCCUUCAUUCUCUAACCAGUGCCCAGGACUCACUGUGCAUCAUUCCUGCACCAUGCACUCUUUCUCUGCCUCUUGUUUCUCCCAGAUCCUUUGUUCAUCAACCUACCAGCCACCAGGUGACACCUUCCACUUCAAUACAAACCUCCAACUUCCCCCCAACUCCUAAGUCUCCUCAGUCCAUACCUUCUUCCCAGUUUCCCAUCCCUCCCCAGUUCUCUACCAUUUCCCAACCCACAUUCCAACCCCAAUCUCCUGAACUUUAUGAGAGUCUAGGCCUCACCCCAGACUCUAGCCUCCAAAGGACCCCAGGCCCUUUAAAAGACACUAGAGUUGCCAAGAACCCAGGCCUUACCCAAGAUCCAGGCCUCCACAAGAACAUAGGCCUGGAUCAAGAUCCAGGCCUACGCAGGCUCCCAGGCCUUCCCCAACACCCUCAUCUCUGCAAGAAACUGGGGCAUUCCCAAGACUCUGGUCUUCACAAGAAUCCUCCAAUUACCCAAGAUCCUGGCCCCCAAAAGAGCCUAGGUUCUCCUCAGCAUGUAGGUAUCUUUACAGGCCCAUGUCUCACCCAACCCUCUGGCCUCCAUAAGAACACAUUUCCCAAAGCUUCUGACAUUCAGAGGAGCUCAGGCUUUGUGCAAGACUCUGGAGUCUAUAGUAAUCCAAAACAAAACCAAGAGACUGUACUCUGCAAAAGUCAAGAUCUCUCCCAAACAACUGGCCUCCAUAAGAGCCCUGGCCCUUGUAAAGAUUCUGGAGGAUGCAAGAGUACAGGUAAUGCCCAAGAUCCAGGAGUCUCUAGGAGUCUAGUUCUUACCCGAGAUUCUGGCCCACAUAAGAGCCCAUGCCUCACUGAAGACUCUGAAGUCAACAAGAGCACAGGCUUUCCCCAGGAACCUGGUCUCCACAAAAACCCAGUCUUUGUCCAAACCUCUGGCCUCCAUAAGGGCUCAGGCCUCACCCAAGACUCAGAAAACUACAGGAAUCUUGGCCUCACUCAAGAUACUGACCUUCAGAUGAAUUCAGGCCUUACUCAAGCCAAUGAAGUCAAAAAGAGAUGUGGCUUUACACAAAAUGUUGGAAUUUACAGGAGCCCAGAGUAUACCCAAGACUCUAACUUGCGCAAGUGCCCAGGAAUUAAUCAAGAUCCUGGCCAACAUAAGGGCCCAGCUACUCCCCAAGACUCCAGCCUCCCCGUGACUCGAGGCCUUACCAAGGAAUCAAGCCUCUACAAGGAAUCAUGCCUUAUUCCAAAUCCUGACCUCCACAAGAACCCCAACCUUGUUCUGCAUGCUAAAUCUGUCCAAGUUGUGGGCCCAUCUCCGACCCCAAAGUCCACACUGUCCCCAAUGAAGUCAUUUGUAUCUGAGGAGGCUCCUUGGAAGGAGAAUGCAGAGCAGCAUCUUCCAUGUACUUCUGAGCCACUCAGUCAGAACUCUCCUUCCAAGGCCCAGGUUAUCUACAAUGACCUGCAAACCUUCUCAGAGGUACCUGUACUAAUUGAGCUACAGCCACCCUCCCAGCGAGCAGGCAGCCAAAGCUGGGUUUACUGCCCUGUGAAUACAGUUCCUCCAGCCUGCCUGAACUAUCGCCAGAUGUCUGUGCCUCCCCAAAUCAACUGUAAGAUCCACUGUCCUGGGCCAUGUACCCGGGUAGGGCAUGUGGUCUUUGAUGCUCGCCAGAGACAGUUCGGAGUGGGCAGAGACAAGUGUGGAGCUCUCUCUCCUAGGCACCUUCACCAAGAGGCAUCCAGCAACUCAGUGGAGACCACCAAGUGGGGAUAUCAGUGUGUAAUGAGGCCCUCAGAAAAAGAGGGGACAAAGGUGCAUCAGGAAUAA